CUUGGUUGGCGUUGGCGCUCUGCAGUGCAGUGGAGUGUUGCCCAGCUCCCUAUAUGGUCGGGGAUUAGCUCGGUGCUGCUGAGGCAGAGCCAGGAGCCGGAGGAGGAGGAGGAGAAGGAGGAGAAGGAGGAGAAAGAGGAGAAAGAGCGCAGCAGCUGCGGGCGCACGCCGAGCGGCUGCCGGGGGAAGCAGAGGCGCCGGAGGCUGGGGCACCGCCGACGCCUCGGGAGCCAUGGCCGAAGGGGGAGAAGGAGGCGAGGACGAGAUCCAGUUCCUGCGGACUGAAGAUGAAGUGGUCCUCCAGUGCAUCGCCAACGUUCACAAGGAGCAGAGGAAGUUCUGCCUGGCAGCCGAGGGACUUGGGAAUCGCCUGUGCUUCUUGGAACCCACAUCAGAAGCCAAGUAUGUUCCUCCAGAUCUCUGCGUCUGCAAUUUUGUGCUGGAACAGUCCCUCUCUGUCAGAGCCCUGCAGGAAAUGCUUGCCAACACAGGUGAAAAUGGUGGCGAAGGGGCAGCCCAAGGGGGUGGCCACAGGACCCUGCUCUAUGGCCACGCAAUUCUGCUGCGGCACUCCUUCAGCGGCAUGUAUCUAACAUGUUUGACCACAUCAAGAUCCCAGACGGAUAAACUUGCCUUUGAUGUAGGUCUACGGGAACAUGCCACAGGAGAAGCCUGUUGGUGGACCAUUCAUCCCGCUUCCAAGCAGAGGUCUGAGGGAGAAAAGGUUCGAAUUGGUGAUGACCUCAUCCUCGUCAGUGUGUCCUCUGAAAGAUACCUUCAUCUCUCAAUAUCAAAUGGUAACAUACAAGUGGAUGCCUCCUUUAUGCAGACACUCUGGAAUGUACAUCCUACGUGCUCAGGAAGCAGCGUCGAAGAAGGAUACCUACUUGGUGGGCAUGUAGUACGUCUUUUCCAUGGUCAUGAUGAGUGUUUGACGAUACCAUCUACAGACCAGAAUGAUUCCCAGCACAGGAGGAUAUACUAUGAAGCCGGGGGAGCUGGCACAAGAGCCAGAUCGCUGUGGAGAGUGGAACCCCUUCGGAUAAGCUGGAGCGGCAGUAACAUCAGAUGGGGACAGGCUUUCCGACUCCGGCAUCUCACCACAGGCCACUACUUGGCCUUGACAGAAGACCAAGGCCUUAUUCUGCAAGACCGGGGAAAGUCGGACACCAAGUCGACAGCCUUCUCUUUUCGAGCAUCCAAGGAAAUCAAGGAGAAAUUGGAUUCCAGUCACAAGCGAGAUAUAGAAGGCAUGGGAGUCCCAGAAAUCAAGUACGGAGACUCUGUCUGCUUUGUCCAACAUAUAGCCAGUGGUCUGUGGGUGACCUACAAAGCACAAGAUGCCAAGACAUCCCGCCUGGGACCUCUGAAAAGAAAGGUCAUACUCCAUCAGGAAGGCCACAUGGAUGAUGGGUUAACACUUCAGCGAUGCCAGCGUGAGGAGUCCCAGGCUGCUCGGAUCAUCCGGAACACGACCGCCUUAUUCAGCCAGUUUGUAAGUGGAAACAGUCGCACAGCUGCCCCAGUCACCGUGCCGAUAGAAGAGGUCCUGCAGACCUUACACGACCUGAUUGCCUACUUCCAGCCCCCAGAGGAGGGGAUGCAGCAUGAAGGCAAGCAGAACAAGCUCCGCUCCCUCAAAAACAGACAGAAUCUUUUCAAGGAAGAGGGAAUGUUAGCCCUUGUGUUAAACUGCAUUGAUCGCUUAAAUAUCUACAAUAGCAUAGCACACUUCGCAGGGAUCGCCAGGGAGGAGAGUGGGAUGGCCUGGAAAGAAAUUCUGAACCUCCUCUACAAAUUGCUAGCUGCUCUUAUUCGUGGAAACAGAAACAACUGCGCUCAAUUCUCCAAUAACCUUGAUUGGCUGAUCAGCAAAUUGGACAGACUAGAAUCUUCCUCAGGUAUCUUGGAAGUUUUGCAUUGCAUCCUCAUUGAGAGCCCAGAAGCCUUAAACCUGAUAGCAGAGGGCCACAUCAAGUCCAUCAUCUCGCUGUUGGAUAAGCACGGACGGAAUCACAAGGUUCUGGAUGUGCUGUGUUCCCUCUGCCUCUGCGAUGGGGUCGCAGUGAGAGCCAACCAGAAUCUCAUCUGUGACAACUUGCUGCCCCGGAGAAACCUGCUCCUGCAGACACGGCUGAUUAAUGACGUGACAAGUAUUCGGCCAAACAUCUUCCUGGGAGUUGCCGAAGGCUCAGCACAGUACAAGAAGUGGUACUUCGAGCUCAUCAUCGACCAGGCGGACCCCUUCCUCACCGCAGAGCCCACGCAUCUGCGGGUGGGCUGGGCCUCUUCCUCUGGCUACGCUCCUUACCCCGGAGGUGGAGAAGGAUGGGGAGGCAAUGGUGUUGGUGAUGACCUAUACUCCUAUGGCUUUGAUGGACUUCACCUUUGGUCAGGUCGCAUACCCAGAGCCGUGGCCUCCAUCAACCAGCACCUCCUGAAAUCAGACGACGUGGUAAGCUGUUGCCUGGACCUGGGGGCACCCAGCAUCUCUUUCCGCAUCAACGGGCAGCCUGUGCAGGGGAUGUUUGAGAACUUCAACACGGAUGGGCUCUUCUUCCCUGUGGUGAGCUUUUCAGCAGGUGUCAAAGUACGUUUCCUGCUGGGUGGACGUCAUGGAGAAUUUAAGUUCCUGCCUCCCUCUGGCUAUGCCCCUUGCUAUGAAGCCUUACUUCCAAAAGAAAAGAUGAGAUUGGAGCCUGUCAAAGAGUAUAAACGUGAUGCUGAAGGAGUUCGAGAUCUGUUGGGUACCACCCAGUUCCUCUCCCAAGCCUCUUUCAUCCCAUGCCCCAUAGAUACCAGUCAGGUUGUUUUACCACCUCAUCUAGAGAAAAUCCGAGAUAGGCUGGCUGAAAACAUCCAUGAGCUUUGGGGAAUGAAUAAAAUAGAACUUGGCUGGACUUUUGGCAAGAUACGGGAUGACAAUAAAAGACAACACCCCUGCCUUGUUGAGUUUUCAAAGCUGCCCGAAACUGAGAAGAAUUAUAACCUACAAAUGUCAACUGAAACCUUGAAAACUCUCCUGGCCCUGGGGUGCCACAUCGCUCAUGUUCACCCCGCUGCUGAGGACGAUCUCAAGAAGGUCAAAUUGCCCAAAAACUACAUGAUGUCCAAUGGCUAUAAGCCAGCCCCUUUGGAUUUGUCUGAUGUGAAGCUGUUACCUCCUCAAGAAAUUUUAGUGGAUAAGCUUGCAGAAAAUGCACACAAUGUCUGGGCAAAAGACAGAAUAAAACAAGGAUGGACCUAUGGCAUUCAACAGGAUUUAAAGAACAAAAGAAAUCCACGUUUGGUGCCAUAUUCAUUGCUGGAUGAGCGUACCAAGAAGUCAAACAGGGACAGCCUUCGUGAAGCUGUCCGGACGUUUGUUGGUUAUGGCUAUAACAUUGAGCCAUCAGACCAGGAGCUAGCUGACCCAGCUGUGGAGAAAGUCAGCAUAGACAAGAUCCGCUUUUUCCGGGUAGAGCGCUCUUAUGCUGUGAGAUCUGGAAAGUGGUAUUUCGAGUUCGAGGUGGUGACCGGAGGCGACAUGCGUGUUGGCUGGGCCCGGCCAGGCUGCCGACCCGACAUUGAGCUGGGGGCGGAUGACCAAGCCUUCGUGUUUGAAGGCAGCAGGGGCCAGCGUUGGCAUCAAGGGAGUGGGUAUUUUGGACGGACCUGGCAGCCAGGAGAUGUGGUUGGAUGUAUGAUUAACCUGGAUGAUGCUUCAAUGAUCUUCACGCUGAAUGGGGAGCUGCUGAUCACCAACAAAGGCUCUGAACUUGCCUUCGCUGACUACGAGAUUGACAGUGGCUUCGUGCCCAUCUGCUCUCUGGGGCUGUCUCAGAUCGGCCGCAUGAACCUCGGGAUGGAUGCCAGCACCUUCAAGUUUUAUACCAUGUGCGGCCUCCAAGAGGGCUUUGAGCCUUUUGCUGUCAACAUGAAUCGCGAUGUGGCCAUGUGGUUCAGCAAACGCCUCCCAACAUUUGUCAACGUGCCCAAGGAUCAUCCACAGAUAGAGGUGGUGAGGAUCGACGGCACCCUGGAUACCCCUCCCUGCCUCAAGGUGACCCACAAGACAUUCGGCACCCAGAACAGCAGUGCCACCAUGAUCUACUGCCGCCUGAGCGUGCCCGUCGAGUGCCACGCCUCCUUCAGCCACAGCCCCUGUCUGGACAGUGAUGCUUUCCAGAAAAGGAAACAGAUGCAAGAAAUACUCUCUCAAACAACAACACAGUGCUACUAUGCAAUCCGCAUCUUUGCCGGACAGGACCCCUCCUGCGUGUGGGUCGGAUGGGUGACUCCGGAUUAUCACUUGUACAGUGAAAAGUUUGACCUGAAUAAAAACUGUACUGUGACUGUUACUCUGGGGGACGAAAGAGGCCGAGUCCACGAAAGUGUGAAACGCAGCAAUUGCUACAUGGUCUGGGGUGGGGACAUCGUGGCUACAUCCCAAAGAGCGAGUCGCAGCAACGUGGACCUGGAGAUCGGCUGCCUCGUGGAUCUGGCGAUGGGCAUGUUGUCCUUUUCUGCCAACGGGAGGGAACUUGGCACCUGCUACCAGGUGGAGCCCAAUACCAAAGUGUUUCCAGCCGUCUUCCUGCAGCCCACAAGCACCUCUCUGUUUCAGUUUGAACUUGGGAAGCUGAAGAAUGCCAUGCCCCUGUCGGCAGCCAUAUUUAAGAGCGAAGAGAAGAACCCCGUCCCGCAGUGCCCGCCGCGGCUGGAUGUCCAAACUAUCCAGCCUGUGCUCUGGAGCCGCAUGCCCAGCAGCUUCCUGAAGGUGGAGACGGAGAGGGUGAGCGAGCGCCAUGGCUGGGUGGUGCAGUGCCUGGAGCCCCUACAGAUGAUGGCGCUUCACAUUCCGGAAGAAAACAGGUGUGUGGAUAUCCUGGAGCUCUGUGAGCAGGAGGACCUCAUGCGGUUCCAUUACCACACGCUGAGACUCUACAGCGCCCUGUGUGCCCUGGGAAACAGCCGGGUGGCCUACGCCCUGUGCAGCCACGUGGACCUGUCCCAGCUCUUCUAUGCCAUUGACAACAAGUACCUCCCUGGCCUCCUGCGCUCAGGCUUCUAUGACCUGCUCAUCAGCAUCCACCUGGCCAGCGCUAAGGAGAGGAAGCUGAUGAUGAAGAAUGAGUACAUCAUCCCCAUCACCAGUGCCACCAGGAAAAUCCGCCUGUACCCGGAUGAGUCCAAGAGGCACGGGCUCCCUGGGGUGGGCCCAAGAACGUGCCUCAAGCCAGGGUUCAGGUUCUCCACCCCCUGCUUCAUCACCACCAACGAGGAGCACCAGAAGCAGAGCCCCGAGAUUCCCUUGGAGCUUCUCAAGACGAAGGCGCUGGGCAUGCUGACGGAGGCAGUGCAGUGCAGCGGGGCUCAUAUCCGGGACCCUGUAGGGGGUUCCGUGGAGUUCCAGUUUGUGCCUGUGCUGAAGCUCAUCGGAACCCUGCUGGUCAUGGGGGUGUUUGAUGACGAUGACGUUCGGCAGAUCCUCCUCCUCAUCGAUCCCUCUGUGUUUGGGGAGCACAGUGGGGAGACGGAGGAGGGAGCAGAGAAGGAGGGGGUGACGCAGGUGGAGGAGAAGGCUGUGGAGGCUGGGGAAAAGGCCAGCAGGGAAGCUCCCAUCAAAGGCUUGUUGCAAACCCGAUUACCGGAGUCCGUCAAGCUGCAGAUGUGUGAGCUGCUCAGCUACCUCUGUGACUGUGAGCUGCAGCACCGGGUGGAGGCCAUUGUGGCCUUCGGCGACAUCUAUGUCUCUAAGCUCCAGGAAAAUCAGAAGUUCCGCUACAACGAGCUCAUGCAGGCCCUGAACAUGUCUGCGGCCCUGACCGCCCGGAAGACCAGGGAGUUCCGCUCGCCCCCACAGGAACAGAUCAACAUGCUUCUUAACUUUCAAUUGGGGGAGAACUGCCCAUGCCCAGAAGAGAUCCGGGAAGAGCUGUAUGACUUCCACGAGGACCUUCUCCUUCACUGCGGGGUUCCCCUGGAAGAAGAGGAAGUGGAGGAAGAAGAUACCUCUUGGACUGGAAAAUUCUGUGCAUUGGUGCAGAGAAUCAAAGGCCCUCCCAAGCCAGAGAAGGAGCAACCAACGGAGGAAGAGGAGAGGUGCCCUACAACCCUGAAGGAGCUCAUCUCACAGACCAUGAUCCGCUGGGCCCAGGAGGACCAGAUCCAGGAUGCAGAGCUGGUCCGGAUGAUGUUCAACCUCCUGCGGCGGCAGUACGACAGCAUCGGGGAGCUGCUGCAGGCGCUGCGCAAGACCUACACCAUCAGCCAGGCCUCCGUGAGCGACACCAUCAGCCUGCUGGCCGCCCUGGGCCAAAUUCGCUGCCUGCUCAGCGUCCGGAUGGGCAAGGAGGAGGAGCUACUCAUGAUCAACGGGCUGGGAGACAUAAUGAACAACAAGGUGUUUUACCAGCACCCCAACCUCAUGAGAGUCCUCGGCAUGCACGAGACAGUCAUGGAGGUGAUGGUGAACGUGCUGGGUACAGAAAAGUCUCAGAUUGCCUUUCCAAAGAUGGUUGCUAGCUGUUGCCGCUUCCUGUGCUAUUUCUGUCGAAUCAGCCGACAAAAUCAGAAGGCCAUGUUUGAGCAUCUAAGUUACCUGUUGGAGAACAGCAGUGUUGGCCUAGCUUCCCCCUCGAUGAGAGGAUCCACCCCGCUGGAUGUGGCCGCUUCCUCCGUGAUGGACAACAAUGAGUUAGCGCUGGGCUUAGAGGAGCCAGACCUCGAGAAGGUGGUGACCUACUUGGCAGGCUGUGGCCUGCAGAGCUGCCCCAUGCUUCUAGCCAAAGGAUACCCUGAUGUCGGCUGGAACCCCAUUGAAGGGGAGCGCUACUUGUCCUUCCUGAGGUUUGCCGUCUUCGUGAACAGUGAAAGUGUGGAAGAAAAUGCUAGUGUCGUGGUCAAGCUGCUCAUCAGACGCCCCGAGUGCUUCGGCCCCGCCCUGCGGGGUGAAGGAGGAAACGGUCUGUUGGCGGCCAUGCAAGGCGCCAUUAAGAUCUCUGAGAACCCAGCCCUCGACCUCCCCUCACAGGGCUACAAGAGGGAAGUCAGCGCAGAGGACGAUGAAGAUGAAGAAGAGAUUGUGCACAUGGGCAAUGCAAUCAUGUCAUUUUAUUCGGCUCUUAUAGACCUGCUGGGCCGCUGUGCUCCUGAGAUGCACCUUAUCCAGACAGGGAAGGGAGAAGCCAUCCGCAUCAGGUCCAUCCUGCGCUCCCUCGUUCCCACCGAGGACUUGGUUGGAAUCAUCAGCAUCCCCUUGAAACUGCCUUCCCUGAACAAAGAUGGGUCGGUCAGUGAACCAGAUAUGGCAGCCAACUUCUGCCCCGACCACAAGGCACCCAUGGUACUGUUCUUGGACCGUGUGUAUGGCAUCAAGGAUCAAACUUUUCUGCUCCACCUGCUGGAAGUUGGAUUUUUACCUGACUUAAGAGCCUCUGCCUCCCUAGAUACAGUUUCCCUAAGCACCACCGAGGCUGCACUGGCCCUGAACAGGUACAUAUGUUCUGCUGUGCUCCCACUCCUCACAAGAUGCGCCCCCCUCUUUGCCGGAACAGAGCACUACACUUCUCUGAUCGACUCUACACUGCAGACAAUAUACAGGCUUUCCAAGGGGCGAUCCCUCACCAAAGCUCAGAGGGACACCAUAGAGGAGUGUUUGCUGGCCAUUUGCAAUCACUUGAGGCCUUCCAUGUUACAGCAACUCCUGCGACGUCUAGUUUUUGAUGUGCCACAACUCAAUGAAUACUGUAAAAUGCCUCUUAAGCUUCUGACGAAUCACUACGAACAGUGCUGGAAGUAUUAUUGUCUGCCUUCGGGCUGGGGGAGCUACGGUCUGGCUGUGGAGGAAGAGCUACACCUGACAGAGAAGCUCUUCUGGGGGAUUUUUGACUCCCUCUCCCAUAAGAGGUAUGACCCAGAUCUUUUCCGGAUGGCCUUGCCCUGUCUCAGUGCAAUAGCGGGGGCCCUGCCACCAGAUUAUUUAGAUACCAGAAUCUCAGCCACAUUGGAGAAACAGGUCUCAGUGGACGCAGAUGGCAACUUUGACCCCAAACCCAUCAACACCGUGAAUUUCUCCUUGCCUGAAAAAUUGGAAUACAUCGUCACCAAGUAUGCUGAGCACUCCCAUGAUAAAUGGGCCUGUGACAAGAGUCAGAAUGGAUGGAAAUAUGGAAUUUCCCUGGAUGAAAAUGUGAAGACCCAUCCAUUGAUCCGGCCUUUCAAGACAUUAACCGAGAAGGAGAAGGAAAUUUAUCGCUGGCCUGCCAGAGAGUCCCUGAAAACCAUGCUGGCUGUGGGCUGGACUGUAGAGAGGACCAAAGAGGGAGAAGCUCUGGUUCAACAGCGGGAAAAUGAGAAGCUUCGAAGCGUGUCCCAGGCCAGCCAGGGCAACAGCUACAGUCCUGCCCCUCUGGAUCUCUCCAAUGUUGUGCUCUCCAGAGAGCUCCAGGGGAUGGUGGAGGUGGUAGCUGAGAACUAUCACAAUAUCUGGGCCAAGAAGAAGAAGUUGGAGCUGGAGAGCAAAGGUGGUGGCAGUCACCCUCUUUUGGUACCCUAUGAUACCUUGACUGCCAAGGAAAAGUUCAGAGACCGAGAGAAAGCCCAGGACCUGUUUAAGUUCCUCCAAGUAAAUGGCAUUGUGGUUUCCAGAGGUGUGAAGGAUAUGGAGCUGGAUGCCUCCUCCAUGGAAAAGAGGUUUGCCUAUAAGUUUUUGAAGAAGGUUCUGAAAUAUGUUGAUUCGGCUCAAGAGUUUAUUGCCCAUUUGGAAGCCAUUGUCAGCAGCGGGAAGAGUGAAAAGUCUCCCCAUGACCAGGAGAUCAAAUUCUUUGCCAAAGUUCUUCUGCCACUGGUUGACCAGUACUUCACCAAUCAUCGCCUCUACUUCCUGUCCUCACCUCUGAAGCCCCUCAGCAGCAGUGGGUAUGCCUCCCAUAAGGAGAAAGAAAUGGUGGCCAGCCUGUUCUGCAAACUCGCCGCUCUGGUUCGACACAGGAUUUCUCUCUUUGGGAGUGAUUCUGUGACAAUGGUGAGCUGUCUUCACAUCUUAGCUCAGACACUUGACACGAGGACGGUCAUGAAGUCAGGCUCAGAGCUGGUGAAAGCCGGGUUACGGGCGUUCUUUGAAAAUGCAGCGGAAGACUUAGAGAAGACUUUGGAAAACCUGAAGCUCGGCAAGUUUACCCAUUCCAGAACGCAGAUCAAAGGCGUCUCUCAAAAUAUUAACUACACCACGGUGGCUCUGCUCCCGAUCUUGACAUCCAUCUUUGAGCAUGUGGCUCAGCAUCAGUUUGGGGUGGACUUACUCUUGGGUGAUGUGCAGAUUUCAUGCUACCAUAUACUGUGCAGUCUCUACUCCCUCGGGACAGGAAAGAACAUCUAUGUUGAAAGGCAACGUCCUGCCCUUGGAGAAUGCCUGGCCUCACUGGCAGCCGCCAUACCAGUGGCAUUCCUGGAGCCCACCCUUAACCGCUACAACCCGCUCUCCGUCUUCAACACCAAAACCCCCAGGGAGAGGUCUAUUCUGGGGAUGCCAGACACAGUGGAGGAGAUGUGCCCCGACAUCCCCCAGCUGGAAGGCCUGAUGAAGGAAAUCAACGACCUGGCCGAAUCAGGGGCCCGGUACACAGAGAUGCCCCACGUCAUUGAGGUCAUCUUGCCCAUGCUCUGCAACUACCUGUCCUACUGGUGGGAGCGGGGGCCCGAGCACCUGCCCCCCGGCGCAGGGCCCUGGUGCACCAAGGUCACGUCUGAACACCUCAGUGUCAUCCUGGGCAACAUUCUGAAAAUCAUCAACAACAACCUGGGCAUCGACGAGGCCUCCUGGAUGAAGCGCAUUGCAGUGUACGCCCAGCCGAUCAUCAGCAAAGCCAGGCCGGACCUGCUGAAAAGCCACUUCAUCCCGACCCUGGAGAAGCUGAAGAAGAAGGCCGUCAAGACCGUGCAGGAGGAGGAGCAGCUGAGAGCUGACAGCAAAGGGGACACGCAGGAGGCCGAGCUGCUCAUCCUGGACGAGUUUGCUGUCCUCUGCAGAGACCUCUACGCCUUCUACCCCAUGCUCAUCCGCUACGUGGACAACAACAGAUCUAACUGGCUCAAGAGCCCUGAUGCAGACUCUGACCAGCUCUUCCGCAUGGUGGCAGAGAUCUUCAUCCUGUGGUGUAAAUCUCACAACUUCAAGAGGGAAGAGCAAAAUUUUGUGAUUCAGAACGAAAUUAAUAAUUUGGCAUUUUUAACUGGAGACAGCAAAAGCAAGAUGUUGAAAUCGGGAGGACAGGACCAGGAGCGGAAGAAGACAAAGCGGAGGGGAGACUUUUAUUCCAUCCAGACCUCCCUGAUCGUGGCUGCGCUCAAGAAAAUGCUGCCCAUUGGUCUGAAUAUGUGCACCCCAGGCGAUCAGGAGCUGAUCUCCCUCGCGAAAUCACGGUACAGCUAUAAGGACACAGAUGAAGAGGUGAAGGAACAUCUGCGGAAUAACUUGCACUUGCAGGAAAAGUCUGAUGAUCCAGCUGUGAAGUGGCAACUGAACCUAUACAAGGAUGUUUUAAAGAGUGAAGAACCUUCCAACCCAGAAAAGACAGUGGAGCGUGUGCAGAGAAUUUCAGCAGCUGUCUUCCACCUAGAGCAGGUGGAACAGCCUUUGAGGUCCAAGAAGGCGGUCUGGCACAAACUGCUAUCAAAGCAGCGGAAACGGGCAGUGGUGGCCUGUUUCAGGAUGGCCCCUCUCUACAACUUGCCCAGACACAAAAUUAACAAUUUCUUCCUGAGCACCUUUCAACGGGUUUGGCUGGAAAAGGUUAAUGAAAAAACUCAGUAUGACAGGCUUAUACUCAUUUUAAUGAAAUCCCCCAAGGUGGAAGAGGAGGAGGAGGAAGAGGUGGAAAAGCAGCCAGACCCACUUCAUCAGAUCAUCCUCCACUUUAGCCGCAACGCUCUCACGGAGAGGAGGUCAGCACCGUGGAGCACCCUGCUCACAUCCCAGGCAUGGCUGGGUCCUCCCCAAGCUGUCCUCCCCAGCAAACUGGAAGACGACCCUUUAUACACCUCCUAUGCCAGCAUGAUGGCCAAGAGUUGUCAGAGUGGGGAAGAUGAAGAAGAGGAGGAAGACAAGGAGAAGACAUUUGAAGAGAAAGAAAUGGAAAAGCAGAAAACCCUCUACCAGCAAGCCCGGCUGCAUGAGCGUGGAGCCGCCGAGAUGGUCCUUCAGAUGAUCAGCGCCAGCAAAGGUGAGAUGAGCCCCAUGGUGGUGGAGACUCUGAAGUUGGGGAUCGCCAUUCUGAAUGGGGGCAAUGCCGGUGUGCAGCAGAAAAUGCUAGAUUACCUGAAGGAGAAAAAGGAUGCUGGGUUCUUUCAAAGUCUUUCUGGUCUUAUGCAGUCUUGCAGUGUCCUUGAUUUGAAUGCAUUUGAGAGGCAGAAUAAAGCUGAAGGCCUGGGGAUGGUUACUGAGGAAGGAACACUCAUUGUUCGUGAGCGUGGUGAAAAAGUACUCCAGAAUGACGAGUUUACACGAGAUCUCUUUAGAUUUCUACAGUUACUUUGUGAAGGACACAACAGUGAUUUCCAGAACUUCCUGAGGACUCAGAUGGGCAACACCACCACCGUGAAUGUCAUCAUCAGUACCGUGGACUACCUUCUGCGUCUGCAGGAAUCAAUCAGUGAUUUCUACUGGUAUUACUCAGGGAAGGACAUCAUUGAUGAAUCUGGACAGCACAAUUUUUCCAAAGCCCUGGCGGUCACCAAGCAGAUCUUCAAUUCUCUUACAGAAUACAUCCAGGGCCCGUGCAUUGGGAACCAGCAGAGCCUGGCUCACAGCAGACUGUGGGACGCAGUGGUCGGCUUCCUCCAUGUAUUUGCUAACAUGCAGAUGAAACUCUCUCAGGAUUCCAGUCAGAUCGAGCUGCUGAAGGAACUCUUGGAUCUCCUUCAGGACAUGGUGGUGAUGCUUCUGUCCCUCCUGGAAGGGAAUGUGGUAAAUGGAACCAUUGGCAAGCAGAUGGUUGACACGCUGGUAGAGUCAUCUACCAAUGUAGAAAUGAUCUUGAAAUUCUUUGACAUGUUCUUGAAACUUAAAGACUUAACCAGCUCAGACACCUUCAAAGAAUAUGACCCCGAUGGGAAAGGAAUCAUUUCCAAAAAGGAAUUCCAGAAGGCCAUGGAAGGGCAAAAGCAGUACACACAGUCGGAGAUAGACUUUCUCCUUUCGUGCGCAGAAGCUGAUGAAAAUGACAUGUUUAAUUACAUCGAUUUUGUUGACCGGUUCCAUGAGCCAGCCAAGGACAUAGGGUUUAAUGUGGCAGUGUUAUUGACAAACCUUUCUGAGCAUAUGCCAAACGACUCUCGCCUUAAGUGUCUGUUGGACCCAGCAGAAAGUGUACUCAAUUACUUCGAACCAUACCUGGGACGCAUUGAGAUUAUGGGUGGGGCCAAGAAAAUUGAGCGUGUUUAUUUUGAGAUCAGUGAGUCCAGUCGAACUCAGUGGGAGAAGCCCCAGGUGAAGGAGUCUAAGCGACAGUUCAUCUUUGACGUUGUCAAUGAAGGCGGGGAGCAAGAGAAGAUGGAGCUGUUCGUGAACUUCUGUGAGGACACCAUCUUUGAGAUGCAGUUAGCAUCGCAGAUCUCGGAAUCUGACUCAGCCGACAGGCCAGACGAGGAGGAGGAGGAAGACGGAGAUUCUUCUUAUGUGUUAGAAGUGGAGGGUGAAGAGGAGGAGGAGGAGAAGUCUUUUGAAUGUGCCUCUGCGUUUGCCAUGGCUUGUGCCUCGGUGAAGAGAAACGUGGCCAACUUUCUGAAGAGGGCCACCCUGAAGAACCUCAGGAAGCAGUACAGGAAGGUAAAGAAGAUGACCUUCAAGGAGCUGCUGAAGGUGUUCUUCUCUUUCUUCUGGACGUUGUUCGUGGGGCUUUUCCACUUGCUCUUCACUAUAGUGGGAGGAAUCAUUCAGGUCCUCUGGAGCACAGUGUUCGGAGGGGGACUCAUAGAAGGGGCGAAGAACAUAAGAGUCACCAAGAUCCUGGGCGACAUGCCUGACCCAACCCAGUUUGGUAUCCACGAUGAUGCCAUGGAAGCUGAGAGGGCAGAAGUGCCUGAGCCAGGCAUCACCACGGAGCUCGUGCACUUCGUAAAGGGGGAGAAGGGAGAUGCGGACAUCAUGUCAGAUCUCUUCGGACUCCACCCAAAGAAAGAAGGUGGCUUAAAGCAUGGGCCCGAAGUGGGUUUGGGUGACCUCUCUGAGAUUAUUGGCAAGGACGAAACCCCUACCUUAGAGAGUACUGUACGGAAGAAGAGGAAGGCACAGGCAGCAGAAAUGAAAGCAGCUCAUGAAACAGAAGGCAAAAUAGAGUCUGAGAAGGCAGAUCUCCCUGUCAGGAUCAGGCCUCCUUUUGCCCUCUGUGCUGAGUGGCUUUGCCAUUCCUGCAGCAUGGAAGAUGGAGAGAAAGAGGACACAGCCAAAGAAGAGGAGCAGGCCGAGGCCCUGUGGGCAGACGUGACCAAAAGGAAGAAGCGACGGUGUGGCCAGAAGGUUGAGAAGCCUGAAGCUUUCAUGGCCAAUUUCUUUAAAGGGCUGGAAAUCUAUCAGACCAAGUUGCUGCACUACCUGGCCAGGAAUUUCUACAACCUGAGGUUCCUUGCUCUGUUUGUAGCCUUCGCUAUCAACUUCAUCCUGCUCUUUUACAAGGUCACCGAAGAACCUUUAGAAGAAGAGACAGAGGAUGUUGCCAACCUGUGGAAUUCCUUUAAUGACGAGGAAGAGGAGGAAGCGGUGGUGUUCUUCGUCCUGCAGGAGAGCACUGGCUACAUGGCGCCGACACUGCGGGCCCUGGCCGUCAUCCACACCGUCAUCUCUUUAGUCUGCGUGGUGGGCUACUACUGCCUAAAGGUCCCUUUGGUGGUAUUCAAGAGAGAAAAAGAAAUCGCCAGGAAGCUGGAGUUUGAUGGCCUGUAUAUCACUGAACAGCCUUCUGAAGAUGACAUCAAGGGGCAGUGGGAUCGCUUGGUAAUCAACACGCCAUCUUUUCCUAAUAACUACUGGGAUAAGUUUGUAAAGAGAAAGGUGAUCAACAAAUAUGGAGAUCUCUACGGAGCAGAACGCAUUGCUGAACUCCUGGGUUUGGACAAAAAUGCCCUUGACUUUAGCCCAGUGGAAGAGACCAAAGCUGAGGCGGCCUCCCUGGUGUCAUGGCUAAGUUCCAUCGACAUGAAGUACCAUGUCUGGAAGCUGGGAGUUGUUUUUACUGACAAUUCCUUUCUCUACCUCGCCUGGUACACGACCAUGUCAGUCCUGGGCCACUACAACAACUUUUUCUUCGCUGCUCAUCUCCUGGAUAUUGCAAUGGGCUUCAAGACUCUGAGGACUAUUCUGUCAUCUGUCACUCACAAUGGCAAACAGUUGGUCCUGACCGUCGGUCUCCUGGCCGUGGUGGUUUAUCUCUAUACCGUGGUGGCAUUCAACUUCUUCCGCAAGUUCUACAACAAAAGUGAAGACGACGACGAGCCCGACAUGAAGUGUGAUGACAUGAUGACGUGUUACCUGUUCCACAUGUACGUGGGAGUGAGAGCUGGAGGUGGCAUCGGUGAUGAAAUUGAAGACCCUGCUGGGGACCCGUAUGAAAUGUAUCGCAUCGUUUUUGACAUUACCUUCUUCUUCUUCGUCAUUGUCAUCCUGCUAGCCAUCAUCCAAGGUCUUAUUAUUGAUGCUUUCGGGGAGCUGAGAGACCAGCAAGAACAAGUACGAGAGGAUAUGGAGACUAAAUGUUUCAUCUGUGGGAUUGGCAAUGACUACUUUGACACGACCCCUCAUGGUUUUGAAACACAUACCCUACAAGAGCACAACUUAGCCAACUACCUGUUCUUCCUCAUGUAUUUGAUUAAUAAAGACGAGACAGAGCACACGGGACAGGAAUCUUACGUCUGGAAGAUGUACCAAGAAAGGUGCUGGGAUUUCUUCCCAGCUGGUGACUGCUUCCGGAAACAGUACGAAGAUCAGCUUGGAUAAAUGGGAAUGAAAGACGCCUCCACCAUAUUCUGGAUGGUCAAUAAAAUCCUUCUCUUACAAUUCUGCAACACAUUGGAAAAAUGCCGUUUCCUAAAGGCCUCCCGUACAAGGAAGAGUUCAUUACAUACUUGUGAUAUUUCGGAAUUGACUUGGAUUUUUGUACUUAAUGGACUUACAUGGUGGGAGAUGACCCGUCAAAAUGUUAAAAGGAUGGCACAGCAUCAGGGAAGCUCUAGUGGAAAGUCUUCACGUUUUUCAGUUCUAACUAGUGUGUGGGGAUGACGUCACUGAGGGAAGGGCUGGAGAUGUAGGAAGUUUUAGAUGCAUAAUACCUGGAAUUUUAAACACUUGAAUGCCACGUGACAGUAGCCCACUAGUGAUUCAUGGUCUGAGCUACAAAAAAAAAACAUUUUAACUGCAAUCUAAUUUUUCCCAUGGUACUUGCUAGUGAAUGUAU